ACUGCUUUAUACUGAAAGUCACUUUUGUUUGCAGCAACCAUGAAAUUCCUGUUGAUCGUCGCUUCCGUCGUCGCCGUGGCCGUCGCUGGCCCGACCCGCGCACUCGUGACCCCUGGCAGUGGUUCUGCGCCCAUCGUGGAAGCUGAAUCCCCCAUCUCUGUCGGACCUGCCCUGAUUGAGAGCCCCAUCUCCGUUGGACCCGCCCUGGUUGAGUUCCCCAUUGUUGAGAGCCCCGUCGUCGUUGACACCCCCGUCGUCGGUGAAAGCCCCGUCUUCGUCGAGCUCCCCAUCGUUGUUGAGAGCCCCGUCGUUGUGGACACCCCCAUCGUCGGUGAAAGCCCCGUCUUCGCCGAGCUCCCCAUUGUUGUCGACGCCCCCAUCGUUGACGCCAGCCCCGCUGCUGUUGCUCCCGUCGAGACUGAGUCCAUCUCCUCUGCCGCCGCUCCCCUGGUUCAGAUCAUCCUAAACAUCAACCAGGCUGCCGCCCCUGAGGCUGUCGUCGUGGCUGAGGCCCCCGCUGUCGUGCCGUCUCCUAUCAUCGUCGAGGAGUCUCCCAUCGUGGCCGAGCUCCCCAUCGUGGUCGACACUCCCGUCGUGGCCCCUGAGCCCGUCCAGGUCGUCGACACCCCCGUUGAGGCCCCCAUCGUGGUCGACACCCCCGUCGUGGCCCCUGAGCCCGUCCAGAUCGUCGACACCCCCGUCGAGGCCCCCAUCGUGGUCGACACCCCUGUCGUG